AUGUAUGAUUUGAACAUAGAAAAAAUAUUAGUAGCUGUGAAUCUUCACCGAGAAAAAGAUACUAAGGCCGCUGUUAAGAGCACUAAUGCUACAAACAUUACUAACACAAAAGUUUGUAAUAAAGAGGAUAAAGACAUUAAACUGGGUCUUACAACUGCACGUAACGAUGGUUAUGAGACCGUCAUCACUGAAGCAUAUGAUACCAAUACUAACCGUGAAGAGAAUAUUACACAAAAAGAUGAAGCUAACAACAUUGUGCAGAACAAUACAAAUAAUAUCGCCGGCAAUGAAGAUUUAAAUAAUUAUGCUGGAUGCAGCGCUCAAAAUAAAAUCCCUGGUACCGACCAUAUUGAUAAUAACAAUGCAAAAUAUAUUACACAAAAUGUUGGUGACGAAAACGAUAUCGCUGAAAGCAAUAAUCAAGAUAUUGCGGGUGACAAUACAUUACAAAUGGCACAAAAUGAUGAACCCAAUAACGCACGUAUCAAUGAACAGGAUAUCGCGUCUAACGAAGCACGCGAUGUUGCUCCUAAUGACAGAAAUGAUGUCAAUGCAGGCAAUCCAGAUAAUGGCACAUCCCUUGAAAGAAAUAAUCCACCUAAUUUUAAUUAUAACAACAGAUUGGUGAUCAACGGCAAUCGUAAUGGCAUAUCUAAUGUUAUUCAAAAUGUUAUCAUUCGAGCUGCCAAUGAGCAUAGAAAUUAUCAAAAUGUAGCACCCCGUGCCCCCGAUAAUUUACCUAACAAUAAUAUUCGAGAUGGAGAUAAUGAACUACCUGACUAUGAGAGUGACGACGAAUUGCUCAUAGUUAAUCCUAGAAACCGUGAUAACAUUCAUCCACGUUAUUUAUUCCGUAGACCAUUUUUGCAAAUAAGACUCCAAGACCUCGAAAGUAGCGAUGAUGACUCUACUGACACUAAUUCGCUAUAA